AUACCCGGUCAGACGAAGAUGGAAGACUGCAACGUAUGUACGUGUCUUCCGGCACGUGUCUGGGCAUGUACCCGUAUGGGUUGCCGCAACAAAAGAGGAGAGAAGACGCCGCAGUUGGCCCAGAAGAAACCGCCGGCGGCCCCAGAAGGGAAAUGCUGUAUCCCCAACACAACGUACAUGGAGGAAUGUAACGUGUGUUUGUGUGCAGAAGAUGGCAUAGGUGCAUUCUGCACCCUCGUCUACUGUGGCAGAGGUUGGGAUAAAUAGCUUGCCGGUGAACAGCAUCUGCUCUUCGGAAUACCUUCCUUGGGUGCCACAGCACAGUCUCGCAACUGUUUACGCUGGACAUCAGCAGCAUCAACACCUUCCGAGUAUUCCACUUGC